AUGUAAACAAAUCGAAAGUGUUCAAUUAUUUGGACCAAGGCUGACAAAAUAAGGUUUCUCUGUCGUAAUCUCCUUAAUUCAAGUUAUUCUUGGAGGCUGAAAAUGAUUGAAUUAAUGGAGUGACUUAGCAUAGCAAAAAGUGCAGCUGAAUGCUGCUUGCAGCGUAAUCCACGAUCUCUGAUUCAGCUGUCAUUGCAACAACAACACAAUGCUAACUUUAACCGAGUUAUCGAGGUAACAAAGCGUUAAAAUACGUGGUCAAUAGCAGAUUAAACACCUUUCCCACCUGCUGAUGGCGUUUGCUGUAUGAUGUCUGACUGUCCCAUGUUAAUUCAUAAACGUGAAAGAUAACCUACCGUACAAUGUCAAAUGGGAAGAGUUUGCCAAACUUUGGCACACUGGUUCGCGUGGAUGAACCAGACGACGAGACUGUCGCAGCGCCAAGAGCUGUGAUCAGGAAGAGUCAGUCACAACAUGAUCUCAAAGAAACCGUCAAGGGUGAUGUGCAAAGUGAUGACCAACAAGAUGAGAAUUACGUAUUAUUUUGGGUGAACAAGAAUGGAUUUCCUGUAGAUUCGCAAACAUGGGAGCGAAUGUGGGAUCAUGCGGCCAAAAUACAUCCUAAUGGACAGGGCAUGAUGCAGAAAAUACGGUUUGCAAAUGAUUUAACACAUGUGCCUAUUCCCCAACCUCCAACAACCUUUACUCCAACGACAACAAUAUUUGAAAAGCUGGAAUUAAUUCAAGACUACAUGACUCAGCUACAAUAUAAUCACACUGGUACACAGUUUUUUGAGAUUCGCAAGAAUAGACCUUUGUGUGGUCUGAUGGAUGUUGCUAAGGACAUGAUCAAGGAGGCUUUACCAAUCAAAUGCUUGGAGGCAGUUAUAUUGGGAAUAGCUUUGACGAAUGGGAUGAUGGGUGUUGAGAGAUUUCCCAUCGGGUUCAAAACUGCAUUCAUGGGAACUGUCCACAGACAUGUUGUUUUGGGUGUCUACAGUGGUGGUAACUGGGGAGCCCUGGGUAUGAGUCGCAGAGACAACCUCAUGUACAAGCCUCUGGCUUAUAAGAAUUUGUCUGAUUUGAUUAUUGACUUUGAACAGUCCUAUCAGAAAUACAUGCAUUCUGUGAGAAAGGUGAAAAUUGGUCUUCCCAUUCCCCAUGAUCCUCACAGCUAUGUUGGAAUACCAUGGAAGGGUUUGAGUCUGAACAUGGCAAAGUUGACCAGAAAGGACAUGGUGAAGGAUGUGGAUAGGCAUGGCAGGGAAAUCAAAAAUUCAGCCAAAUCUUGGAUGUCCACGUACUCUCCAAGGAAGACUGUCACAGACAGUUCCCCUUACAUAAACCACAAACAGGCGGUGCAGAGAUCAAAAACAAUGGUGCACAGUCCCACCAAAAGACAGGAUGACUCCAGGCAGUCCAGAGAUGACAGUGCCACGUCAUCAUCAGCAGGAGUAUCUGGCAAGCAAAGGGCCAGCUAUGAUUAUCAAGUUAGAGUAUAAUUUAUAAGUGCAUUGUCAAUAUAUAGGACAGGUUCUGUUAUCCAUAUCGGUUUAUUGAAAGUGCAAACAUGACCAUUUCAGAAUGGUUUGAUAUUGUUUUCUUGUGUGGACAUGAACUGGAACCAGAAUGUAAAAAGACUGCCUGAAUUUUUGGUCUCAAGUAUUGAGCAUCAUAAUAUAUGUACAGUUGUUUCAUGCACAGAACUCUUAUCAUCACUCUUUACUUCUUCAUAACCAAUCAGUACUUUUGUACUUUAUUUUUUGUGUAUUAUUUUUAAACCUUUAUAGUUGUUUUAUUAACUCAUCAGUGUAUUGUUGUGUAAAACAAAGGCUACAUCACAAAUACAGUCUGCUUGUGAUUUUAACUUAUAUCAUGUGCAAAAGAUAUUUAUGAUUUUCCUUAUAGCCCUAUGUUUAUAUUUUGUCGGCAUCCUUUAAGGUGGUUUUAACAGGGUAUUUAUGUAGGGCCCCAGUUGAAUAUUUUGUAGGUGUAUGAAUGAUAUUAAUGUGUACAUGAUUUGUGGUAUGAUUAAGUAUACUUUGUCAUCCAUAAAAAUAAAUGGAAUGACUGUGAUAUGAUAUGCUGUGAUUUUUAUGUGAUGAAAUGAUAUUUUACACUUCUCAGCUGCGUUUUACCCCGGUUGUGUUCACAUGUUUAUUGUGAUGUUUGUUUUAAUCUCUGCUGGUUUUGGUACAUCUUUGUUAGAUGUCUGCAUCAGUUUUUUUUACCUCUGUAACUGCAGUGUCAUUGGGUUAUAUACUGUGAAAAAAUAAGUGAUUAUACAUAAGAUGUAGAAUAAGCCGGAUUUUUGUUCCUUAUUUCUGCACGGAUUUUAUCCUUUUGGAUCCAUUUUGUUUAAAUAUUU